UUAACAGUUUUCGCUGGCCCGAUGUGGGCCGUGCAUAAGAGAAGCAGGGCUGCAAGAAGACGCGCCCCCUCUUUUCCGUUGCGCACUUCGGAUGGGGAAGCGUCUGCGCUGAGCACCUAUGCGUAAUCUCCUCCCGGUUCGGCGCCUCGGCGGCAUUUGCAUGGGAACAAAUCGUCCAGCUCACUUGUAGGAAGUCGAGUUUCACCGCAGCUCUUACGGAGAUGGUCCUCCAGAGGAUUUUUCGUGCCGUCAUCAUGGGACCACCGGGCUCGGGGAAAGGGACCGUGUCCGCCCGCAUUGCCCAAACUUUCGGAUUUAAACAUCUUUCUAGUGGGGAUGUUUUAAGAGUCAACAUCAACGCCAAGACAGAGCUGGGUCUAUUGAUGAAGUCCUGUAUUGACCAGGGCCAGCUGGCACCCGAUGAUAUCAUGUCACGUCUCAUCCUGAAUGACCUGCGAGCCAUGGACCAGACCAGCUGGCUGCUAGAUGGUUUCCCUCGAACAGUCAGCCAGGCAGAGGCUCUGGGCCACGUCUACCAUGUGGAUACAGUAAUCAACCUGGACGUGCCUUUUCAGACUAUCAAAGAGAGACUAACUUCCCGCUGGACCCAUCUUCCCAGUGGCAGGGUCUACAACGUAGAUUUCAACCCACCCAAAGUUCCCGGUUUGGAUGAUGUUACAGGGGAGCCUCUGAUUCAAAGGGACGAUGACACACCAGAAACUGUCACGAGGAGACUCAAGUCAUAUCAGACCCAGACAGAGCCUGUGUUGGAGUACUACAGGAGCAAAGGAGUGCUAGAAACUUUCUCCGGAACAGAAACCAACAAAAUCUGGCCUUACAUCCAGGUUUACCUCAGCAAAAAACUCCCGUCCCUGGAUGUGAAGGUUGCUGUGUGAAAGAGCCUUUGGGGCAGUUAUCCUACCUAGUGCAAUUAAUCAAGUGUAUUUGGUCCAGAGAUUUGAAAAUAAGGAAGUGAGGGAAACAUAUUUAGGUAGAAAUAUUCAAAUACAGAUGUAGGUGCUACACUGUGUGCAAAGUUGGAGAAAUGUUCUGCAAGAUGUAUGAGCACUGGAACCUGAAGGUAAAUGAUGGAACACGUUCAACUCGAGCUAGACCAUGAUCCUCUGAAGACAUGAUGGACUGAUGGACCCCCCCCCCCCGUCUUCUCAUCUCUCGUUUGGUUUGCUGUUGCCCCACUGUACUGAAAAGGAAGCAUUUUUAUUCUUGGUUGCAAAAUACCUUCUCUCCUCGAGCUCAAGGCCAGUCCAACCUUCGUAAACAUGCUUACAUCCCAGAAGGUAUACCCCAACUUUAUAAACAGCACAGUUGCAUAGCAACCAAAACCAACGAUCGGUUUCAUAUGCAAAUUACCAUUACCAUUACCUAGAGUUACAAUGGCCAUGUGCUAUUCACUAAGGAUUGGGGAAUAGCAUUCUAAAAUGGCCAUUGAUAUACUCUUAGACUCCCCCCACCCGGUUCAGGGAUGGUCAUUCCCUCUUCACAUAGAUGGCCUCUUUGACUCCCCACUUGAUGUGGACGAUGUGUUGUCGGUGGAAUGUGGUACGUCCUGAGAUUUAAUUGUAACCCAGGUGUCAUCCACAAAUCUGAACCAGUGGCUAAGGUGGUGUCCCUGGGCAGGACAUCAGAGCCCUCUUUUCCACUUCCUCCAUAUACAAGUUGGCCAGUGCAGGUGAGACUGGGGAACCCAUAGCACACCCAUGCUUCUGCCUAUAUAUAUCCAAAGGAGUUGAAUCAAGUGCAAUUGGACUUGGUAUACUUGGUCUAGAAAGGCACGAACUGAGGAAGCCUCUUGGAUGAGAGGCGAAACGUCUUCACGGAUAUAUACCAAGUCCAGUUGCACUUGAUUCAACUCCUUUGGAUAACCAUGACCUGGAUGAAUGACAACAAUCACAGACAUGCCUAUAUAUAGUACUGCCCCCUGUAUGUGAAGUACAUGGACUGAAGACAAAGCUUCAGGAGCAGAAACACUUGGUCAGUGUUAAGGGUGGUACUUUUGCUAAGGGUCGGGUCAACCUGUAAUCAUCGGGACUACCCUCCACUGCUUCAUCAACAGGAACACACACGAAGAGAGACACAACAUCGUAAGAGACUAUUGUUCCAUCCGCCUCCAUAAUGCUGUCCCUCACCUUAUCCACAAUGAUUGCACCUAUUCCCCAACCCUCUGUGAACAGUACACAUGGCCACCGUAACUCUAGUUAAUGCUCACAGCAAUUUGUAUAUGAAACCGACCGUUGGUUUCGGUCGCACAUGUGCUGUGUAUAAGAGUGGGGAUACCCGCAGUCAGCUGAGACUGAUGAAGUCACUUAGAUGAGUGAUGAAACGUUUCUCCCACUGAACGUUUUGAUGACCUGCUUCCACUUUCUGGGUUUUUCUCGCCUGGACUGUCGAGCGUGCAUCAAGACACUAGCUGAUGUGUGGCUACAAUGGUCUCUUUGUUCAGCUCAACCUCCCCCUUAGUCAGCAUAGAUUUAGGGCAUAAGCACUGUCAAUUAUGAAGACGCCUGUUAUUAUCUUGACUAUGAAUUAUAGAGGAGGUACCUUUGCCCCGUGGCACUAGUGUGGUGGAUUUACUUCAUGCACAGCGAUGAUCAAAGGCCCGCUUGUUGUGAUUUUCAUUUCUUUCUGCUUGCAGGGUGUUUGGUGAUAUUACUCAGUAUGUUUUAUUAGUCCGGCAUUGUUCAUUCCGACGUGCCUUUUCAAAGCCAGUCUGUGUCGCUGAAUAACACUUAACAAAACCAGAUCUCACACCACAGACCGUCAAGGCCAGCUUCUCAGAUGUUAUAAAGCAAGAUUGUGCGUUUUUCCUUCAUCUGUAACACCUCAAAUGAAGCUAACCUGAAUUAACUGGAGCUAAAUUGUUAAAAAUUUUGUCAGGGGACAUUUUACUGUACUAUCAUAAAAAGAAAAACUCUCAUUAGACUUCAUUUGUCUUUCAAUAAGCACACCAGGAUAGACUUGGUUUGAUCCAAGCGUUGAAGUUUCCGUCCACAGUGUCACACUUGCGUUCUCUAAGUAAACUUGCAAGAAAAAUAAAAAUCUUGUGUGUUAUUGACAUUAUUUAGGUUGGGUGCAGUCUAUGUGCAGUGGCCCUACUAGGGCUAUUUCCUGUUAAUAUCUUGCAGUGUGCACAUUUAUUCUAAAGGAAACCGUGCCUUAGUGAAGAGAUUUGUCGUAACUCUGUUUUGCAUUCAAGUGCCUGUUGUUUAACAUUAAGACAGCAGUCCAGUGACACAAAAUGUACUGUACAAACUUUGCCUUUGUAAGAAUCUCUAAACCGACCACGCUGAUUGUAAGUGAAUUUGUAACUGAAUGAUUUAAGAGUCCUUUACUGUCACAUGAAACUGGGCAUUUGUGAGUUUUGGGUUUGAAUUUUUCAAGUGACAAAUCUGACCGACACUCAAUCUAACAAAAUUGUAAAGAAAGCUACGCAGCUAAUACGCGAGCGUCCCAACACUGAGGUUAUUGGGGGCGUCCGUGGGGCGUGGCGGUCUAUUCCGUUGCCUGCUAGCACGGGGAUCGCCGGUUCGAAUCUCCGUGUUACCUCCAGCUUGGUCGGGCAUCCCUACAGACAUAGUCGGCCAUGUCUGGGUGGGAUGCCGGAUGUGGGUAUGUGUCCUGGUCGCUGCACUAGCGCCUCCUCUGGUCGGUCAGGGCACCUGUUCAGGGGGGAGGAGGAACUGGGGGCAAUAGCGUGAUCCUCCCACGCGCUACGUCCCCCUGGCGAAACUCCUCACUGUCAGGUGAAAAGAAGCGGCUGGCGACUCCACAUGUAGCGGAGGAGGCAUGUGGUAGUCUGCAGCCUCUCCCCGGAUCGGCAGAGGGGGUGGAGCAGCGACCAGGACAGCUCGGAAGAGUGGAGUAAUUGGCUGGAUACAAUGGGGGGGGGGGUAAAAGGGGGAAACAAAAAUCAAAAACAAAACACCUCAGUGUUGCCUCUGUCCUGGCCGGGCAGCAAAAAGGAGCACAACUGGCACUGCCCCUGGGCGGGGAGCCAGCAGGGCUAAUGUGCCCCGGCAUUGUAAACAGUGCCUCUUCCAGGUAGUGGGGCAGCUGCAGGUAUAUCUUGGGGAAAUGGCGUGAGUCUCCAGAAAUGUCCUAGAUAAACCUACAGCUGGCAGGUGAACAGGACAAGUCAGCAGCUCCAUGUGUGUGGGAGGAGUCUUGGUGCAAUUGUGGGACCUUUAGGAGGACAGGGAUUUGGACAUGUGAAAUUAGGAUGAAAAAGGGAGAGAGAAAAAAGUAACAAGCAAUUUAGAAUAUUUUUCAUGCCUUUCCAUUUUGUCAAGCGCUACCUGUCUUGAGAAAAUGUCUAAAUAUAUUUUGUGGUGACAUGUUUUAGAAGAGACAGCUGAAUGAAUGAGAAAUUCAACCUGAUGCAACUAAGGGCCUUUAUCAGUCUGUAUGAGAUAUAUCGGACCUUGAGGAAAUGUAUAUUUAUACCCAUCAUGUCCAGUUGGAUUUACACCCUGUUAAACAAGUCCUGUCUAAUAUUGUUCUGUAGUCAUUUUAGCUCAUCACACAACUUUGUGUAAUGUUUGAUCGUUCCAUUAAAUUGUACAUUGCA